AUGGCAGCUGCCGUGAUCUUGCGACAGUAUGAAGAGAUUGAAGAGGAGGAGGAGAUUGAUAGUAGCACUGGAGCUCGCGACCAGCAGCCUGUUAAUUUCCUUGCCAUUAUACAGGCCAUCAUAGAAACCACUGCCUCCAUACCAACACACCACAGCUUUGCCAAUGCUGUAUUCUGGAUAGCCAUUAGGCAGGAAAUCUACUAUGCAUUGGCAAUGCAGCGUUUCCCCCGGAUAACCCCCGACCAAGAUAAGCGCCAGGGUGCCUCUGCUGCUAAUAAACUGAUAUUAUUUGCUGGAGACGUAACGAGAUGGUGGCUGGGGGACAGGUCACCACUAGACUGGGGUGAGCUCCAACAAGCUCUGCUGGAACGAGUACAUGCAGCUGACCACCUUGAAUGCAGCUGUGUUAAAGGAAGAAUUGCACUCAAUCACGAAGGAACUUAUGCCCGAGUUCGUUCCAAUCCUAGACAAUAA